AUGAGACUAUCUAGCAGUGUUUAUUGUUUACUAGUGGCCCUCUUUGUGCUGGCGCUUGUGAUUGAGACCCAGGAACAGGGCUUGGUGCCCCUCGAGAAGAGAAAAGGAGGCGGUGGCCGUGGUGGUGGUGGUGGUGGCAGCUCUGGCGGCAGUUCCGGUGGUAGCUCUGGCGGCAGUUCCGGUGGCAGUUCUAGCGGCAGCGGCCUGAGUGGCGGUGGCAGUCGCGGUGACGGCGGUGGGUCGUCACUGGGCUCGCUGGGUUCCCUGGGUGGUUCUGGCCUGGGCUCCUCCGGUAGUGGCUCGGGCCUGGGUGGCCUGGGCUCUGGUGGUAGUGGUGGUAGCCGUGGUGAUGGCAGUGGGUCCAACCUGGGCACUUCCAACACUGGUGGUACUACUGGUAACACUGGCAACACCGGUAACACUGGCAAUACUGGCAACACUGGUUCGUCGGGAUCGGGUAGUUCUGGUGCUGGUGGUCUCGUGGCUGGUGCCGCUGGUGGUGCUCUUCUUGGUGGCGCUGUUGCUGCUGGUCACGGUGGCUCUGGUGGUCGCAACAACAGCACUCAGACUUCUGGCGCUGCCGUGCUGCUGGCGUCCCUGAGUUCGCCGUCUGCGACGUUCUCGUCCACUUCUGGGACGAAGACCGGUGGUGCGUCGUUGUUGACCUCGCCCAAUUUGCUCUUGUUGGGUGUUAUUUACGCCUUAUUGUGA